UAAUUUACAAAUGCCGUAUGGGCCGAAUGGCAUUGGUAGCCACAGGCUAUGAAGCAGCAAUUUGUACUCUAAAACCUCAGCAAAAUCUCAACUUUUUAUCCAUCCCCAGUCACCUACAGCUUCAGCUGCUCAUUUUCUUCCGCAAUCCGCACCUUUGCAGUCUUACAACAUAAAAACCCAGCCACCUUGCCGGAAAAGUAAGCUCUCUUUCCUUCCUCCUUUUUCCCCCUAAAUUAUCCUUCAAUUAUUCGAUUAUUUGUUCCAAUUUCAACUUAUUUUGCUCAAACUCAUAACUAGAGUACCCUUUUUAUUUCUUUGGAAAAUUAUGUGGAAACAAACUUAUAUCAUCUAAUUAAGGAGCUAUAAUGGAUGUAAUGGUACCUGCUAAGCAAACCCAUGAAGGGUUUUAUUCAUUUCAUUGUAAACAUAGCAGUAGCUCAUUGAUAACUGAUUCAAGAGCUAGAGUUUUCACUAGGGUUUCUUGCAAUUUGAGCUCUGAUAAGGUUUUCGUUUGCUCAAACACAAGUUAUAUUGAUUUAUCUGAGAAAUUUCCUGAUGUAAAGAAGGUUAGUUUGCGUAGAAAACAAAGAAAAAACUUGGUUUGUACUGUUUCUAGGAAUGAACAUUUGGCUGUUAAUGGUAGAGUUUCUCACCAAGAAAGGAACUCUCGCCAUCAAUUUGAUAGUGAUAGUUCAUCUGUUAUGUCUGUUGGUCCAACUUAUGAUGAGUUUGAAAGCAAUAGCCAUCUUCGUCGUUUGGUUAGAAAUGGUGAACUUGAUGAAGCCUUUAGAUAUCUCGAAAGUAUGGUUUAUCGGGGUGAUAUCCCUGAUAUUAUUCCGUGUACUAGUUUGAUUCGCGGGUUUUGUAGGAUUGGUAAAACUAGGAAGGCUACUAGGGUUUUGGAAAUUCUUGAGGAGUCUGGUGCGGUCCCUGAUGUAAUAACCUAUAAUGUCUUGAUUAGUGGAUAUUGUAAAUCGGGGGAGAUGGAUAAUGCACUUAGGCUACUAGACCGUAUGAGCGUUGCUCCAGAUGUUGUUACCUAUAACACGAUCUUGCGUAGCUUGUGUGAUAGUGGGAAACUGAAGCAGGCAAUGAAGGUUCUAGGUCGACAAAUGGAACGGGAAUGCUACCCUGAUGUAAUUACUUACACAAUUUUGAUUGAAGCAACUUGUAAGGAAAGCGGGGUUGAUCAAGCAAUGAAACUCCUUGAUGAAAUGAGGAGUAAAGGUUGUAAGCCGGAUGUGGUUACCUAUAAUGUUCUCAUUAAUGGGAUUUGCAAAGAAGGGAGACUAGAUGAAGCACUUGAGUUUUUGAAUAGCAUGCCUUCAUUUGGUUGUCAACCGAAUGUAAUAACUCAUAAUAUUAUCUUAAGAAGUAUGUGUAGCACCGGAAGAUGGAUGGAUGCCGAGAGAUUAUUGUCGGACAUGCUUCGGAAAGGCUGUUCUCCGAGUGUUGUUACCUUCAAUAUACUGAUCAAUUUCUUGUGUCGGAAGGGUUUGUUGGGUCGGGCGAUUGAUAUGUUGGAGAAGAUGCCUAGACAUGGCUGCACCCCGAAUUCCCUAAGCUACAACCCUUUACUCCACGCAUUUUGCAAGGAAAAGAAGAUGGAUAGGGCGCUUGAAUACCUUGGUAUUAUGGUUUCUCGAGGGUGUUAUCCUGAUAUCGUUACCUACAACACUCUCCUUACCGCUUUAUGCAAAGAUGGGAAUAUUGAUGUUGCUUUGGAGAUAUUGAAUCAAUUAAGUAGCAAGGGAUGCUCACCCGUUUUGAUCACUUACAACACGGUGAUUGAUGGGCUCUCCAAGUCGGGGAAAACAGAACAUGCUAUAAAACUUCUUGAUGAAAUGCGCAAAAAGGGUUUACAACCUGAUAUAAUUACUUUUUCUUCUCUAGUUUCCGGGCUUAGUAGAGAGGGAAAAGUCGAAAAAGCAAUUAAUAUCUUUUAUGAGAUAGAAGGACUUGGAAUUCAACCGAAUGCAGUUACCUAUAAUUCUAUCAUGUUGGGACUUUGCAAGGCACGAGAUACUGCACGUGCUAUCGACUUCUUGGCUUAUAUGGUGUCUAGAGGCUGCAAACCUACCGAAGCUACCUACACCAUUCUCGUUGAAGGUAUUGCAUACGAAGGUCUAACGAAAGAGGCAUUGCUGUUAUUGAAUGAAUUGUGUGCUAGAGGAUUUGUUAAGAGAAGUUCGGCUGAGCAGGUAGCUGUGAAGAUGUAGAUCAAAAGGAUGCUUUUAAGUUAUGCUCCUGUGUCCUGCCUUAAGAACUACUCUGUUCUUUUGUUGAUUGUCUUUGUGAUAUCAAGAUUCAAUCAUUUUAAAGCCUUUUUUUUUUUUUUUUUUACUGAUAAUGAGUUGAUUUCAAAGUAACUCAUGAAUUGUUUUUUUGAUGUCAUAAUAAUUGCGAUUUGCCCUCAAUUAUUUGAUUCUCUCAAUAGAUGUUCAAGGAGAAGGAUAUGCACUUC